AUGGCUCAAAGAAGGAGUCGUGCAGCUGAGCGCCCGUCACCGAACCCUCGUCCUCGUCAACAGAGCCGCGUAAGUGCUCCGAGCGACACUGAAGCUACUCAACCUACGAUGCGAACAAAUACAAGAUCGCAAGCGUCAAGUGAAGGGACCAGUACUAAUGCACAGGCUGAGUCAGCCUUCCCUGCUACUGAUUCUGCUCAAAAUGCGGCCGGACCUGAGACGAUGUCCAUGCAGCACCUGCUAGUAUACAUAACGCAGCAGCAACAGCAGUAUCAAGCUCAGAUGCAAGCGCAAAUGCAAGCCCAAAUGCAACAAGCUAAUGCGAGAUUCGAAUAUCUCGUUGCCGCUAGGGGUGAGCAGAAAAAGAAGGACCCUCCGAUGUAUGAAGGAAAGUAUGGUGAAGACAUUGAGUUAUGGAUCUUCGCUACCGAGCAGUACUAUGCAAGCAGACGUGAGUUAAUGGAGGCAGAUUCGUCCGGUUUCGUGACGAUUAUCUCCAGCAACUUAGGCAAGUCAGUGUUGAACUGGUACCGCGCUUUUAUAGCCGAAUGUGAGAGAGCGAAUAUGAACCCCACGUGGUCGUUGUUUAAGCAACAACUACGCACGCGCUUUCGACCAAAGGACUUCGAGUACGAUCUUCGUGAAAGAAUGUUUCGUCUCAAACAGAGCGAAACUAUCCACGAGUAUGUCUCUAAGUUUCAAGACUUAUUGUCGCAGACAGAACUGGCGAUCAGCGAGUUGGAGAAGCGUUUCUUCUUUCAGAACGGUUUAAGAGAAGAGACCGCAAGGAAGAUCAAGGAAGAGAGUCCUUCGACAUUGCAAGAUGCCAUUGAGAUUGCGUCGAAUUUUGAGUUUGUGCACUACUCGGGAAAACCCCCAAGAGCUACUGCGAAGGGUUCGCAAGGAUCGUCAAGCUCGGGGCAUCGCGCGCCUAAGUCGAAGCAGCAGAAUACAAAGCGCUCCGACAAUAAGAAAGGCAGGAGCGAUGAUUGGAAAAAGACAGCUACGUGCAGAAAUUGUGGCAAAGUUGGCCACAUUUCUCCAGAUUGUACUCAGCCGAAACGUACUGAAGCGAAUCGGUACAUGCAGGGCGCAGUGUAUGCGAUCCUGGAGGCUGAAGCUCGAGCAUUCAAGACGGAAGACCAAGAGAGGCCCGUCACGAUAUUCAUUGACAACGGCAGUAGCCUGAAUGGCGUAACUGAGGAAUUAGUGGAGAAGCUUGAGUUGGAUGUCACUGAAGGUGACAUGAUGCAAGUUGAUCUUGGUUAUGAUCAAGUUGUGCAUCGUCCACGUCGGACUGUAGAGAUGUCUCUGCAGUUACCAGGGUUUCCUUUGACGACAGGAACAUUCCAAGUCAUGCCUGUUCCUGAAGGAAAAGACGUCGUUUUAGGCAUGAUGUGGCUGCGGGAGCAGAACCCUGACAUCGAUUGGAGUACUGGACAGAUUGCACCUCGCAUCAACGUGGAGACCACGCAGACUGUGAAGUUGAGACUGCCGAAGACACGUCCAGCCCGUUGGGUGGCAGGACAACGCCGCGCAAGAGUUGCGCAAAGUCGUGAGAUCUUCAACUACUAUCGGCAGCAUGGCCACAACGGCCAGUUUGGGCGAACGAAGAUUAUUUCGUCCAAACAGUUCCAGCAGAUGCUGCGUAGGGACAAGGAUAUUGAGUCAGUGUUUGUCAUCAAUCCGCAUGAUUUGGAGAAGGCUGAACGCUUCAAGAGUCAAGGAUGGGAUGCUCUUAAGGACAAUUCGGCGUAUGAGACGCUACUAAAGUAUGCGGAUACGGUUUUCCGUACGGAACUUCCGAAUGAGACACCGCCAGUACGGGAAGGAAUUGAGCAUGAGAUUUUGCUCAAACCCGGUACUAAACCGAUUUCGGUCAAACAAUGGCGCCAAAGUCCUGAUCAGAGGAAAACGAUACAGGAAUGGACCAAAGAGAUGGUUCAGGCUGGCAUCAUUCGACCGAGUACGUCAGCAUUUUGUGCACCGACUUUCUGUGUGAAGAAACCAGUCGGAUGGCGUAUUGUGCACGAUUAUCGUCUGUUGAAUUUGGCGACGAUUUUACCAGCUAUUUCCAUGCCUCGCAAGGAAGAUACUUUUGAUGCGAUGGCCGGAAGUUAUUGGUAUUCGUGCAUGGACUUGCUCUGGGGUUAUUAUCAAGUCAAGUUACGAGAAGCAGAUAUACCAUUCACUGCUUUCUCGACCCCAGAUGGUCUUUUUGAAUAUCUCGUCACACCCAUGGGACUCAGUGGAAGUCCGGGGACCUUUAACAGGUUGUUACAGAAGGUUUUCAGGGAUUUGAGUGACGUAGCGCGGAUUUAUUUCGAUGAUAUCUACGUAUACACGAAGGGCGAAGAUGUGAACGACCACAUUACCGCGCUGGACAGAGUAUUGAAACGAUCCCCAAUAACAGUCUACGUGGCAAAGCGAGAAAAUCGCAAGUGGCUUAACAAGAGCGAUGAUGAUAUUAAGAAGCUCUUAGAUGGGGGCGAGGUGCCUGCCAGUAUAGAAGCUCUGAUUGCCCCUAUGAACCAAAUAUCCCCAACGGAUUGCCUCAUCGUCCCCAAGUUCGGGUUUCCAACUGAGUAA